CCCCGUUUUUUUUUCUUGAGGGGACCGCGGGGGGAGGCUCGGGGGGCGCACUCCCCCGCCGUCUUAGCCAGGCAGCGGCGGCGAUGCGGGGGCCCCUUGCGCAGCCGGGCUGCGGCUGAGCGGCGCGGAGCGUAAUCAUGUCAUCCACAUCUUGGACAAGGAAUCCAGGAAGUACAUCUUGAGGUAGAGUCUCAAGACAGGACAGAGUGGCUUAUAAACCUUUUUUGGGUAACACAAUCCAUGGAUAAGGUGGGAAAGAUGUGGAACAACUUCAAAUACAGAUGCCAAAAUCUCUUCAGUCAUGAAAGUGGAAACCGAAAUGAUGAUGUAGCUGUGAAAUCCAGUAGAUGUUUAUCUGUUAAGGAUAAAAGUGUCAAUGUACCUGAUUUGGCUCAGCAGCAACCCAGCAGCCCUUUAAGAGAGAAUGUUGCCUUACAAUUAGGGUUAAGUCCUUCAAAGAAUUCAGUUAGACGAAAUCAGAAUUGUGUCACUGAGAUCCCUCAGAUUGUUGAAAUAAGUAUUGAGAAAGAAAAUGAGUUGUGUGUUCCCACAGGAGCUAGACUGGCACGAAGGGACUCUUACUCUCGGCAUGCUCCUUGGGGUGGGAAGAAGAAACAUUCCUGCUCUACAAAAACCCAGAGCUCCUUGGAUAGUGAUAAAAGGUUUGGUAGAACACGCAAUGGCUUGCAAAGGAGGGAGAGAAGAUACGGAGUGAGUUCUAUGCAUGAUAUGGAUAGUGUAUCAAACAGGACAGUAGGUAGCCGUUCCCUGCGGCAGAGACUGCAAGAUACUGUUGGAUUAUGUUUUCCCAUGAGAACUUACAGCAAACAGUGCAAACCCCUAUUUUCUAGUAAAAGGAAAAUCCAUCUCUCUGAACUAAUGCUUGAGAAAUGUCCUUUUCCUGCUGGAUCAGAUCUAGCCCAAAAGUGGCAUCUGAUCAAACAACAUACAGCUCCUGUGAGCCCACAUUCAACGUUUUUUGAUACAUUUGAUCCUUCCUUGGUUUCUACAGAAGAUGAAGAAGAUAGACUGAGAGAGAGACGUAGGCUUAGUAUUGAAGAAGGGGUCGAUCCCCCACCCAAUGCCCAAAUACAUACUUUUGAAGCUACAGCACAGGUUAAUCCAUUGUACAAACUGGGACCAAAGUUAGCCCCUGGUAUGACUGAGCUGACUGGGGACAGCUGUGUGACACCACAGGGAACCUGUGACUCUGAAGAGGACACAACAACCCUCUGUUUGCAGUCACGUAGGCAGAAGCAACGGCAGGUGUCUGGAGAGAGCCAUGGCCAUAUCAGCAGACAAGGGGCUUGGAAAGUGCACACUCAGAUUGAUUACAUACACUGCCUAGUACCAGAUUUACUUCAAAUUACAGGUAACCCAUGUUACUGGGGUGUGAUGGACCGUUACGAGGCCGAGGCACUUCUGGAAGGGAAACCUGAAGGCACUUUUUUGCUCAGGGAUUCUGCACAAGAGGACUACCUCUUCUCUGUGAGCUUCCGUCGUUAUAACCGAUCCCUACAUGCACGUAUUGAGCAGUGGAAUCACAAUUUCAGUUUUGAUGCUCAUGAUCCCUGUGUAUUUCACUCCUCCACUGUUACAGGGCUUUUAGAACACUAUAAAGAUCCUAGCUCUUGUAUGUUUUUUGAACCAUUACUUACUGUAUCCCUGAACAGGACCUUUCCCUUUAGUCUGCAGUAUAUCUGCCGGGCAGUAAUCUGCAGGUGCACUACGUAUGAUGGAAUUGAUGAACUCCCUUUACCGUCAAUGUUGCAAGACUUUCUUAAGGAAUAUCACUAUAAACAAAAAGUCAGGGUGCGAUGGUUGGAACGGGAACCGAUUAAGGCAAAGUAAACAGAAUCCAGAGUCUCCAAUAAGCUUACUAGAACCUGCUUUUUUGUGUGUGUUACAGUUUAACUGCAGCAAGCGCAUCAACAGUGUUUAGCUUUUUUGCAAUACCGUAUUUUAAGCCUAGUGUUAGUAUCCUGUCAGAUGCUGCCUGCUGUUAAUCAAACCAAGUUGUGAUGCCUCUUGAAACAAUAAGCAGACGGAAAGCUGCACGUUUUUUCAUUAAGGCCAAUAUUAAAAUACUUUUGCUAAUUUCUAAAUACAUUUUCCUUUUUUAUAGCUGUAGUAAUUGAGUGAAGCAACUAUGGGGCAUUUUCUAUAAGGCAUCCAAUGUAAUGCUAAUGAACAAAAUGUUUUAUUGAAUGAGCAUUUCCAAUGUGAUCCUGAGGUCUCUUGUUUUUAAAUAACUUUAAAAAAAAUCUAGUCUUUAAGACUAAUCUAUACUGUAUAAAUAAGUUUUCACAUGCCAGGAAAUAAAAAAGUAUUUUCAAGUGUGAUUCAUUAACAGCGGAGCAAUUGGUGGUUUUUUUUUUUAUGCCAACAACCAAAAUUCCCACUUCUGUUAGUGCAUCAGGUUUCCAAAUUAUGAGCACUUAACUAUGUUGAAUCAGUGGUGUAAUUUUAUUUACAACUCUUUCAGUGUUAAAUGGCACUGUUAGCAAGACUAAUAUUAACGUAACCUCCCAAAUUUUAAAAAAAUCUUGAAUCCAAAGCUAGUUUAAAUUGGACUAUUGCUAUUGUAAAUUAAGCAGUUUAUAAUUUUUGACAAAAUAUAAGAAUUAGUUACCCAACAAAAAGUUCUAAUUUAUGAUGGAAGAUUAUGUUGAAAGAGGUAAAUGAUUAAUGUUUAAUGAAAACUGUAUUUAAUACUGUUUAUAGAGAAAUGCAUCAUAGCUGAAUAAUUGAAUUAAAACUUAUUCAUGCAAGUUUAAAAAAAAAAAACUUAGACAAAUAAAUCAAUUUUCAAAGGUACUGUUACUUAGAAAUACUAUAACAUUUUUCCAUUAGCACUUUCUGUAAUAUUUAAUAUUGUACACUGAUACUAUUUCAGCAGUCUACCUGGGGAAAAAAUCUAAUUUCUUUUUGCGUAUUUAAUGUUGGACAGAACUUAAACUGUACUGUCAGACAUUUUUUGCACUAAAAUUUUAUUGCUAUAUGCAGUACCCUGUUUUUAUAUUUUAUACCAGUUGUGAGCUCCCUAGUUUCUUUACCAGUUACUACAGUAUGUUACUUACUUCUCUAUGGCAGUGAUUAUGUGAGGUAGGGAAUCUUUUGGCUGCAGAUACAAGAAUAAUAACUUCUUGUAUGCAACACUAACCCUUCUAUUGAUGUAUUUUUCUGCUUGCUGUGCCUUGUUCUGCCUUUUUGUGCUAAUAAAGUACAGUAUGUUCAGUGUUAUACUUGUAUAUCUGCUCUGUUUUUAUAUAUUUGCAUAACUUGUAGCAGUUAACUGAAUUUUUAAUAGGCUUUUCCUAGUAAUUAGUAUAGUUACUGCACAAAUUCUGUGCAGUUAAGUAUUGGUUUGUCAGAGCACAAUAUCUCUGACUCUUAAAUGUUACAUUUUUUAUGAGAACCCAAACAGUGUACACUGUUGAAUAAUGUUUUGAUGGUCACUGCAAAAUAAUUGUAUGUCAUGAAAUUUAAGCAGUUUGAAGUAUUUACAACAUAAAAAAAUAAAUGGCAGAAAAACAGGUAAAGUUUUUAAAGAUACUUCUAGUCCCCUGUAGAGGUUGCUGAUGAUGUUUCAACCUGUAGAACUGAUUUACUAGAUUAAAUCAAUAUUUUGAUAUUCUCUGCUAUAUCAGGAGUAGUUCUUAGGCUGUGUAAAUUGGCAGUGUAGCAACAUCAUUUGUUAAGACCUCUUUUAAUAAGCACACACACAUCUAAAAUCCCCAAAUCUUGUGUUUUUUAACCAAAGAAUCCUGUCAAUUUUAUGUCCCUUUUUAGAUCAAAGGGUGGAGGGAUAUGAUUUUUGUUUCAUCAAAUAAUUAUCCCGAACUAAGGUUAAACCAAAGUAUUUGAGAAUUUCAUCUAAAUUUGUUUAACACUGUAUAUGAUUAUACUGGUAGAAGAUAAAUAUUGUGGAUCAGUAAUAGGUCAUCAGUUUUUUUCUUGAAUUCACAGUGCACCUGAAAAGACAAGUAAAAUUAAAUUAAUGAUGUAAUGACUGGAAGAGCACUAUACAGGAUCAUAUUGAAUGGGGUUAAUUUGAAACACCCAGAAAGCACUUUAAAAUGCGUAUGAUGCUUGUGGAAACUUGGUGAUCCUGUUUUGCAUUUUUUUGUAGUAACUGAUACGCUUUUUUGUGUUAUGAAAUAUUUCAACUGUUAAAAUGAACGUUUGUUUAGAACAUGUAUAUACUUCUCACUAAGUUUUAUGUAAGCAUGUGUACCAAUGUGCUAAUAGUCACUUAAGUUCUGAGUAAUGUGUGUGUGUCAUUGAAUAUGAAACUUCUCGUUUAAAAUCUGCGCUAAGCCUAGCUGCUUACAUUUAAAAAAAAAAAAAAAAAAUCACCAGCAUGAAAUUGCACCCAAGUGUACCUUCACUGUCUCCUUCUCUGUAUUCCCUCAGUUGGAUUCAGAUUCCGGAUGUGUUUAUUUCAUGGCUGCUUCUUAGUAGUGAUACUCUGAAGUCAGUUCCUACCCAAAUUUUGCCACAGCAGAGGGGAUCUGGGACUUGGGGGCUGGACAUUUUAGGUCUACUGCAGGCUUUAGACAGAGAAACCAGCUUAUCAGAUUUUAGCUGUAGCCAUACCCACAUGUUCAAGAGUAUGCUCCUUUUAACUUGGUGCCAACUUGUGGGUUUUAAAAACCUAGUAUUGGAAAGCUUGCUUGUGUAUUUUUUUUGUAAGCUGUUGUUUUGGUCUAAUAUGGAAAUAAUUCUUUGCCCCCUUUAAAUUUGAAACCGUAUAAAAAAGAAACUAUCUCAACUCAGUUUUUUACCUCACAGGAAAUAUCUUUAGGAAAAUAGUCUGCUCAAGUUCUUCAAACACAGUUUUUAAAAUCGGCAUGUAUUAUGACUGCUCUAAAAAUAUUUUUUUCCAGAUUUUUUCAUUAACCCUUGAGUUCCUUUAUUCUCAGCUUUAAAGGAACAAAGCUUUUGAGGUACUGAAUGCUACAAAAUUAGGUUGACACAAGAUGACCUAAAGGAUAAAGUUCCUGCUUUAUACUUUGUCAUCUUAUAUUGUGUCUGUAUGAAAACUUCACUCUUCAAAAGUAGGGCACAAAUGACCUGUGACACUGAAGAGUAUGUCUCUGGUUUAAAAUAUGCUGGCAUAAUUUAAAAGUGUCCUGAUUACUGGGCAGAUAUGUACUUGGGGUUGGGGAGGUUCUGCAAUAUGAGUGGGUAAUAUUUGCUAAGCAUCAUUGCAGUCAGAGUUUUAGGAGUACAGAACACAAUCUUAUGAAGACCCCCAUAACUCCUAUUCUCUGCCUUGGAAUAAAACUUGUUUUAAUUCCUCCCACAUCUAAGGCUCCAUACAAGUUUGAGUGAAUUUGUUUAUAUCAAUCCUCCUAAAAAUAUUCUUAUUAAAGUUUCUGUGACACUUCAGAGGUCCAAAGCUCUUCCUGCAUCAAAGUGAAACUCCCCCUCCACAACUUUUUCUCUUUUUCAACAACAACAAAAAAAAGUUGUAAAUUAUGAAGGCAAGGUCUGUGGUAAACUUGCUGCCCCUGAGAGUAAAUUGGAAGCAGUGUAGCUGUUACCAUACAGGUAGACUAGUUAGCUUGGGGAUGGGCUGAUUGGCCCUGUUGCCCAGCAGUAGUAAUCUAGGUCACCUGAAGUACUUUCACUGCUUCCACAGAUGGGAGGCAGCGUACAGAGAGCAAGGGACAUGCUUUGAGACCGGUGUUGGCAAGGAUGUUAAGUUUCCUGUGUAGACAAUAGCAAGGGUCAUUUCUGUCACAGAUCUGCAUUGAACUGCUAGAUAUUUGAAAAGGGUCACUACCCUUGUUGUGCUAUUUUACCUAUUUGCAUAUUUUUGUUAGUGUUCCCUUCAGUUAAUGGGACUGAAUUAAAACACACUUGAAUAUUCUUUGUGUUUCUGUUGGGGAGGGGGAAAAUAAAUACUUAACCAAUGUGUUUUUUAUUUUGCACUUCUGCUCCUCUCCAAUGCCACUUUAAUUUUCAAAUGAUUUCUUACAAUAAUGUGCUACAAAAUCUAGCAUUUGUUUCCUCUGGUAGUCAUAGCUGUCUUACUGAAAGCCAAAUAAUAGAUCCAGAGACUGAAUGUGGUUAGAGUACACAAUGGGUAAAUAAUGUCAAAGACAACUUGCAAGGCAGUGUUAGAUGCUUCUGACUUUAGUCUUGGAGGCUUACUUGUAUGUUAUCUUUGUUUGGUACCAGCAGUUGAAAACAGCACUAGACUUCCUCCUGACCUUCUUAUAUUCCAUUACUUGAUUAAAUCAAUAUUUAACUGAGUCUGCACCUGUUGGGAACAAGAAAAAAAGCUGAAUGUAUUUUAAUGAGCCAAAAAUAUUUUGGUGCUUUAGUCUCCGCAUUAAACUGACUUGCUACUAAGGAUUUACUGAACGCUUAGUAGCCGUAACAAAUAUUAAGAUUGCAUAUAGGGUAUCAAUCCUGCAAAGAGCUGGGCAACCAUAAAAGAUGCUGAGCACCUUGCAAGGUUGAAACUCAAAUGAGCAUUCUUAGGUGAUCUUAUUAAGCUCAACUGCAACACAGUAUUAAUGCAACUGUAUUUAUUUUUGGAACCAUAAUUAGUAACUAUUUCAAAUGUGUGCAGGUCUCCCAUAAUCACAGUACUGAGGUUUCCAUGACUGCAUAUGCUUUAAAUUAUAAUAUUUCUGUGUUCCAAUUUAGAACACUCAAAUUUUAAGUUACAAAAAUGUCUCUUUUUGGCUUGAACUUUGAUUGAGGUUGUCCAUUUCUCUGUAAUCCUUCAUAGGAAAUCUUAUGUUGGUAGGUUUGUAAAAAAAACAAACAAACAAAAAAACCUAUUUAAAGUUUUAUUAAUGAUGGUACCUCCAAAAAGAGCUUAAAAUUUCACAUAUGUAUGCUAAUUAUCUUUUUUAAUCUGUUCCCUAUUUUGUAUGCCUGCAAAAAAAAUUCCAUAAAUAGGAAUAAAUAUUCCUCUUUAUUCUUGUUGUCAUUCCCCUGAUUUCAAGCAUUGACCACUUGGAAGGGAGAGGAGGGGCAGAGGGCAUCAGUUUUCUCAAGUUGCAGUUAUGUGCUGUAGAUAAUCACAUUUUUGUUAUGGCCAAGCAUCUCUCAAUCAGUCCACGUGUCUUCUGUCCAUGACUACUAGAGAAACCUAAAUAAAUUAGAAAAUCCAUUUCACUACAGUUUGACUGUAGCCCAGUAAACAAAAUCACUUUACGUUUCAAAUCUUACAAAGCUGAGAGAAACUGUAGGGACACUUGAAAAAAUGUGAUGUAUUGCAAUAAAUGCUAUGGCUUUUUCAUAAUUGCAGGGAUAUACAGAGAACUUGUCACUUUUUCGUGUCCAUCACAUAAGGUUACCUUCAAAUGCCUUACCUAGUUUGGUGCAGUUUCUCACUUUUAAGUUAUAAUGAAUAUUUAGAAUUCUGCUGUGAUAGCUUUAAAAGAAACUAAGUCGAUGUUAUGUUGUCAUGGAAACGUGAGAGUAUAUGAAAUUUUCUUUUGUGGAAAAUUAAAGGGUUAUUGUCAGGUUACAAUUGCAUACUUUCGAACAAGUCUCCUCUCCUGUUUUAAGAUUUGGGGAUAUUAGAACCUUAUGUGAAAAUCUAAUUUUAUGCUUUUAAAAAUUUUUAGAGUUCAUCAAAUUUUCAAUUGCAAAUUAACUGGUCGCUUUCACUCCAAUUCCUUAAAUUGCACACUACUUUGAUUUCUGUUAAUUAAAAAAAAUCACCUUGAAAUGUAAGUACUUAAAUAUUUCCAUUGUUUCCAAUUUUGUAAAACAUUUUCACAAAACUUAACAUUUUGGGUCUGUUAACCUGACAAUUACACUUUAAGGUUAUAAGUAUCCAACACAUUUUAUUUCUGUAUAUAUGUUUUUCCUCUGUUUUUAAGCUAAAUACAUGUUCACUUUGAGCUUAUAUAACAAUAUGAUAAUUACAAAACUAGCUUCUUAAGGUCAACACACUUUCUUGGUAUAAGCUGAAAAUCUUGGUGCGUCAUACUUUUUGUCUUAAAUACAAUAAAUAUAUAAUUGUAUACA